AUGUUUCAUCUCACCACAGGAAGAGACAUACUUUUCAACUCCAGGUCCAUGGAACCACCAACAACACCAGAUACAAUGACACAGCUUCUAGAAGAUCCAUUUGGGACAUGGCUCUCGACUUUCCUCUUCAUCGUCUUGCUUGUCGCAUUGGGCAGCUGCGCCAUCUUUCUAGGCUCUCGGUAUGCAGAGAUACUCGGAUUUGACGCCCAUCACAACGACGAUCUCCCUUUGAUUUCAGAGGGCCCACGACAGAUUCGCUCAGGUGAUGAUGGGGAAGAUGCAGGAUAUUUAUUCGACGAGACUCCGAUAUCUCAAAUCACCCACUCACAAGAUGACCACCAGUUCGACAUCAGACGACGUCCAGGAACCGCGGACGUUCAGCCUAACUGCGUUACGAUUGGAGAAGUUCGGGAAGGAAGGAUAGCGCAAAGAAGAGCAUCAUCAUCGAGAGGCACCGGACGAAAGACACAUGUACCUGGUCACCUGGUAUUGAAACCUCUGUCGGCUUACGAGUACCGGUCUAUGGUGUGA